AUGUCGAACUGGGCUGCCAGAAGAGGAAGUUGUCGAGCCGGGCGUGACUUCCUUCAGUUGUGCGAAACGAAAGCCGUCACCACGACCUCAGCGUCGAUGAAUCUCCGUAGAAACACAGCACCGGUGUCUUUCUGCAAUCUGACCUGCGUCAACUAUUUCUUCUCUGCAACUUUUCGAACAACCAUUCCCACAACCUCGCACAACACGACUCAAUCUAACACGUGUGAAAGAAGCAUGGUGGAAGUUCCUUUCCAGACGAAGACUCGCGCUAUGCGCAAGCAGGAGGAGGCGCCUAGACGGUCAUCUCGCCUCACCUCUUCGCCUGCCUCUUCUCCCUCGAAGAGUAAGAAAGCUGCCGUCAAGAACGUCGGCAAGCCCGUAGCCAUGAUCGACAGCCCGGUCAACAACCCAUUUGACCUCUCCAAGAAGGCCCAGUCUCUCAGAAAGGCCGAGACUCCCAAGAAUGAAAAGACGCCUUCAGUCUUUGAGAGACUCGCUACUCCCUCGAACAAGUCAAAAGGCAUCAAGGAGUCUAAGGUGCUCAAACCCUCCAACGAGAGUGUUACUACCAAGCCUGAGCUUCCCCCUCGUAGCGCCAAUGGUAAAUUCAAGAAGUUCGCUACUUCUCGCACUUCUUCUGCCGGUGGCGGCAUCAAGCCAUACUCUAAGGUUCCUGGUUCGAAGGGUCACAACAGGCCCGAUACUCCUGCUCUUCUACUCGACGGGACCAUCAAGCCUAAGCCUCCUGUUCCUCUCUUCGACGACACAAAGGAGCGCGAUGUCUCUGACACCCCUGCUUCUGUCGGCAGCAUCAAGCAUGCUCCUCGUGUUCUCGGCAGCAAUGUCAACUCCAACCCUCCCAUUCCGCUUUUCUACGACAACGACGAGCAGGAUAUUCAUGACGCUCCUGCUUCUGUUCGCAGCAUCAACCAUGCUUCUCGUCUUCUCGGUAGCAACGUCACCUCCAAGCCUCCUGUUCCACCUUUCUACGACAGCAAGGAGCUGGUUAUGAAUGAUGCUCCUGCCUCUGUCGGCAGUACCGAGCGUAUUCCUCAUGUUGCUAGCUUCAGUGGCACUGCCAAACCUCCAGUUCCCCUCUUCAAUGACACCGGAAAACUCGACGCCUCUGUCGUUCCUGCCUCUGUCGUUUCUGCCUCUGUCGGCAGUACCUCUGUCGUUCCUGCCUCUGUCAUUCCAGCCUCUGUCGGCAGAAUCAAGCUCAUUCCUCGUAUUCCUCGCUCCAACGGCACCACCAGACCUUUCGUUCCCCUCUUCAACGAACCCGUCGCUCCCAAGCCUGCCGCUCCCAUCAUGAACAAGAUCACUCCCAAGCCUGCUCCCAAGCCUACUUUCGUACCCAUGCCAGUCUUCCCUAAGGUUCCCAAUCUAAUCAGACCUCUCAACUGGUCCGCCGUCCCCGCCCAUCGUAUUCCCACCGCCAGCUUUCGCAACACCAAGCCCGGCAACCUCGCCUUCACCUUCACUGGUCCUUCCGAAGAGGAGAAGGCUGAACUGCGCGCCGAGAAGCUUCAACGUGAGAACGAGCGCAAGGCACGCAAGGUCGAGCAUGACAAGGACUACGAGAAUCUCCUCGAAGCAGCCAAGAACAGCAACAUCGGUACCAGAUCUUCCAACAUGGACAUUCGUGGUCAAGACUUGAUGUAUGGAAGCAACUGCAUCUAUGGUACUUGCAAGCAGAGCUUUGCCGAAUGCAAGUGUGAUGAUCCCAUGCUGGGUUGA